AUGAUGGCUAACGAAGACUACACUUCGCGUGUACCGUAUUAUACGUUCGCGGACACACUGGAAGAGCAGGAAGCACAGUUGGAGACGAAUCCGCUGAUGCAACGACUCAACGCCUAUCGGAAAACGUAUGAAGGCGAUCCGCACCGUCCGAUUUAUCACUAUAUCAACCCUGAAGCGAUGCUCAACGAUCCGAACGGUCUCUGUUUCUGGCAGGGACGAUGGCAUCUCUUCUAUCAGGCAUAUCCGCCUGAAGAUACACGGCAGCACUGGGGACACGCGAUCAGCGACGACCUCAUCCACUGGCGCGACUUACCCUACGCGAUAUAUCCGAAUCCUGAAAGAUGCUGUUUCUCCGGUGCGACGGUUGUAGAGGAAGACCGCGUGAUUGCGAUGUAUCACGGAACGGUUGUCGGCAAUAUGGUAGCAGUGUCAAGCGACCCGUUGCUUCUCAAUUGGGAAAAAGUCUCUGACAAAGCGGUUAUCCCUUCGCGACACGCCGAUGGCACCAACACCGGUCUAUCGCGUUUUCGACCCAUGCAUCUGGAAAAAAGACGCCACAUGAGCGGUGGACAGUAUCUGCUCGGUGAUUAUGAUACCGAACGCGACAAGUUCAUCGUGACAGCAGGUGCGAAGAACAAUUUCGGGGCAGCAUCCCCUGCCGGUGUUCACGCACCCUCCGCUACACCUGAUGGUAACGGCGGUCUUAUCGUUAUCUAUAACAUGAAUCCGGCGAAGCCUACCAAAGGUUGGAACCAGAUCAUGACGCUGCCGCGUCGCCUGACUCUUCUCUCCAGAGAUGAAGUCGGAAUUGAGCCAGCUGGCGACAUCGAAUCGUUGCGGUAUGCGCAUCAGCGUGUCAACGCGAUGACACUCCCCGCAAACGAGGAGGUCGUGCUGGAAGGCAUAAACUGGCAACGCGAUGGAACUUGA